AUGGAAGAUCAAGCUAAAGUUUGCAACUCCACGAUACCCAAAGUGCAAUGGGCACGCCGAAGCCGCAAACAAAACAAUAGUAAACAACUUAAAAAGAGACUCGACCUCAAAAAUUCCAAGUGGAGUGAGGAGCUGAACGGAGUACUUUGGGCAUUUCAAACAACACCCCACACUGCAACCCACGAAACACCGUUCUCCCUGUCAUACGGAAUCGAAGCAGUAAUACCUCCCGAGAUUGAGGUCCCAUCUACACGACGAGGAAUAUGUCCCGACAACGUCGAGAUAAACGAAGCAAUGCUGCUCAAACAUCUGGAUGAGCUCGAAGAACGUCGAGAACGAGCUGCGGUGCGUAUCCAGAACUACCAGCAAACCGCUGUUCGUUACCACGACUAA